AUGGAUGCAAAUUUCUACAAAUUUCUCGAACUGUCGGGGGUAACCGUUUCCGAUGACACAAAUCUAACGCCGUUACUUGCAGACUACUGGAGUUUUACAGCAUUCGCAGCAGAAUAUCCAAAUAAUAUUUACGAACUAAAUUUUAUCAAAUGGCAGCUGAACGGCAAGAACAAAACGCCAACACCUUCUCACAACAAUACGCCACAAUAUCAAACUCCACCACAGCAAGUAAAUACACCGCAAUAUCAAACAUCACCACAACAGAUAUCCUUACCAACACCUGCAUCACCAUUAAACCCAGGUAGAGUUUUAACAGCGACAGAAUACCCUACACUACCUGUUAAACUUCAAAAGUUAAAGAAACAUGUUAACAUUGUCGAAGGGCAGUUUAACGCGUUCACACUUGAAACACCACAAAACCCUCGAGAACCCAGCGAGACCAUUGCCAUUGACGAAAAAUCCGCUACAGUCGACACUGAUAACAAAACAAUCGACAUCGAACCAGCAUUUCCCUCACUCACUUCAUACCUUGAAGAUUUCAUGGCUACCACCGAGGAAACGCAAAUACCACAGGUAUAUACAACAUCCAGCAAAGUAAUUCAUCGGGGAAAAGAUAUUACGGUGGCAAGGAAAAAAUUCGAAGAAGAAGAGGAACAAGAACAAGAAGCCGAAACGGAAAAGAAAGAGAAGAAAACCACAACACGAAAACGAAAACGCGAAUGCGGUCGUCCCACCACCGACCAACAACUUGUGCGUAUGGACGACGAUUUUAACGACAUGCAAGCUUUACAGCUGACACGUCGCCAACUAACCCUACCCGAUACGCGUGGCAAAUGCAAAAAAUUAAAAAAAAUUCUAACAAAAUUACCCGAAGAUAUCAUUGUAAAUACGACACAUGAAUUUCAAACCUAUGAACUGUUUGCAGAUACACGUGCAGAAGCACUGAAAAUCAUUCAAGACAAACGUGAACUUUUGGAAAAAAUUAACGCUGCAGAAUACGUAUUGCAUACAUUAUUAAAAAAACGAAAUAAUAGCGACUCUAGCUCAUGA